CGGAACUGGGGGGUGGCAAGGGGGAGACACCGCCACCCCAUUCUAAAAAUAAAUAAAUUUUUUUAUAUACUGGAAAUUACAAAAAUAUCCUUCAAUAGUACUAAUAUUUCCUAUUCAGUCUCAUUUCCUCUUCCCGUUUCUCUUUCAUCUUAGAAACGCGAUCCUUUUCUUCUCCCAACCAAAGCAAAUCGAUCCACCACCGCCGGUGAGCCGCGACCACUCUCCUCCUUCUCCAUCCAUCACCGCCGCCGCGAUUACUCUCCUCCUUCUUCAGUUUAGAGAGCUAUCUCCAUCUCUCUCCACAAACCCUAAUUGUUGUAACUUGUAAGAUAAAUUGGAGCAAGAAGAUAGCUAUGCGGUUGUAGCUUAAUGUUGGAGAAGAGAAGAAGAGUUAUUUAUGAUAAAAUGAAACCUUAGAAAAGAACUUUGAGUUUGACAACUAGCUAGAGCAAGAGCCAUAGGAGAGAUCAUGGUUUAGUAUUCGGAGCUGUCUGUGCCUUACUGCCAGUUUAUUUUCUGCUGUUUUCAGUUUUUUACUGGUUUUUUGGUGCUACUGGUGUAGCAGAUCAGCGCUGCUUGCAGCUGUUUUUCUGUCUUUGGUGGUUGCUUUUCAAUGAUGCUUGGCUAGUUCGGGAGUGAGGCAGGGGUAUGCUUGCUCUAUGCUAGUAUAUACUUCGGCCUCAUUGUUUGAUGCCAUUGUUGGUUUUGGGUUUCCUCGGUGAAUUGGUGUUACGUAUUUAGGCGGCACCUCUUUGUAUUUUUUCCCGUUUUUUCCGCAAGUUUUUUUAAUAGCAGCCACCCCAAACUUUUUUGUCUGGCUCCGCCACUGGCAAAAGAUUAAAGUUGCUGGCCUUUACUGCAUGCCAUGGGAACCAGAGGAGUAAUUACGGACAAGUGGUCUAUGAGAGUUCUUUGGGCUUGUGCUAUUGGAAGUGCUGUUAGUCUGUAUAUGGUUGCUGUAGAAAGACAAAAGCAGAAUAGGCAAAGGAUGUUGGCCGAAGGCUUGAAGGGAAUGGAUUUGGAGGAAAGCAAUGGUGAAAACGUUUGAGCUGCGUCGCACUCUUAUGAAUACUUUGUAGUAUCAUUUAGCAGAUUUUCAUAUGAAAAUAACAGAUACAAAUGCAUAGCAUUUGUUUUUGCCAUUAAAACAUCAAAUCUGAGUCUUUCUAAAAGGGUUUACUCGUUAUGUAAAAGGUUUCUGUGUUCAUGCCGUUUGUAAGAUCCUUGCUGAGGGAUUUCCCACUUCAAUUUCUUCUCGAACUUUAUUUUGAUAAUUCUCAGUGCUUGCUACCUCCUUUGUAGGAGUUGAAUGAGUAGCUUCUUUAACAUGUUAAAAUUGUAUACUUUCAGGUCUUUGUUUUUUCUCCUCUUUAUGAA